AUCAACAAACUUAAUUCUACACGAACCUACAUAACUUAGGGAUCCGUAUUUUAAUUGGUUUCCAUAAAGCCACAAUUUUUUUAUCACACAAACCCCAUGUCACUUGUUCUUGAGGAAUUCUUUCCGUUGGUUUAUUCUCAAGAAAUUGAAGGAAAGAUUGGAACUUUAUCAGGCUCGCUUUUGACAAAUCUUUCAGAAUCCAUGUCGAGUGUUAGUUGCAGUGACUCCCCUGACUUAGAAUCAUGUCGAGAUGAGAAAGCGGCUCUCAUACUUAAGUUGGUGGCUAUUGCCGCUAUUCUUCUAGCCGGGAUUGUUGGAGUUGCAAUCCCAUUGAUUGGCAAAAAACGUCGGUUUCUGAGAACAGACACCAAUCUCUUUUUUGCCGCCAAGGCAUUUGCUGCCGGUGUAAUCCUGGCCACAGGAUUUGUCCACAUGCUUCCAGAUGCAACAUCAGCACUAUCCCAUCCAUGUCUUCCCAAAAACCCGUGGUCCAAAUUUCCAUUUUCAGGAUUUAUUGCAAUGAUGGCGGCUUUAGGUACAUUGUUGGCAGAUUUUCUUAGCACUCAAUACUAUGAAAGGAAACAAGAGAAACAGGUCCAAGCUGUCAGAGAUGACUCAGUUGACCUGGCUUCCGAGGCCGGGAUUAUUCCGGUUGCUGGAAAAGAGAGCAACAGCAAGGUGUUUGGGGAAGAGGAUGGUGGUGGGAUUCAUAUUGUGGGGAUGCAUGCUCAUGCUGCACAACAUAGACAUAAUCAUGCAAGUGGGCAGGAUGGUUGUGAAACACAAGUGAGAGAGAAUUUGGAUGGGAACUCGUCACAUAUGCAUUCUCACUCACAUGGAUUUGAUGAUGAAGAUGAAAGUGGCAUACGACACAUUGUUGUUUCACAGGUUUUGGAACUCGGGAUCAUAUCACAUUCGAUUAUAAUUGGACUUUCACUUGGAGUUUCACAAAGCCCAUGUACUAUUAGACCUUUGCUAGGAGCUUUAUCUUUCCAUCAGUUCUUUGAAGGGUUUGCACUCGGUGGCUGCAUCUCACAAGCAAAAUUUGGUAGCCUUCAUUCUUUGGUAAUGGCAUGCUUUUUUGCAAUAACGGCUCCCAUAGGUGUUGGUAUUGGGACCGGUAUAUCAAAGUUUUAUAACCCAAAUAGCCCUAGAGCACUAAUCGUUGAAGGAAUUUUGGAUUCAAUAUCUGCGGGUAUAUUAGUUUAUAUGGCUUUGGUAGACUUGAUUGCUGCUGAUUUCUUGAGUAAAAGAAUGAGAUGCAAUACGAGACUUCAAGUAGUGUCUUAUAUUGCCCUUUUUCUUGGAGCUGGAUUAAUGGCUUCUCUUGCAGCUUGGGCUUAGGGUUAUGUUUUUUGAUUUGUACUUUUAUUUACCUUUUAUAUUCAUAUAUUAGAAAUUGAGAAUAUAGUAUAGAGUCAAUUAAUGAAAUUAGUUUUUUAAUCCA